AUGGAUUUUUCUCGAUAUGGAGCCCCAAGCAAGGAAUGGCUCGAAUUCGUUGUUGAAAAUCCGGCUGCCGCUCAAGAUGGACUCAGCAAUAAUGAUCACGCUACUCAACUUCGUGCCACUGUGAACUCGGCCCGAGGUACAGCAUCUAAAAAUAUGAUGAGUCAGUCUGGUUUAAUCGACACAGUCGAUAUACAGACAUUACCCAUCCCGUCUCGAGGGAAUCACUACAUUCCCCUUCGUCGAUACUCGUCUAGCGAUACCCAAGAAUCACGACGGGGUCUCGUAUACUUUCAUGGCGGCGGCUUUCUUUUCGGGUCGGAAGAGACCGAUGACUAUCUUUGCGCUACUAUGGCUAACACUUUGGGUGUAAUAGUCCUAAGCGUGAUAUAUAGACAUACGCCAGACUGGCAGCACCCUUCACAGCAUGAAGACGCCCAUGAUGCGCUAGCAUACAUAAAAGCAAACGCGUUAACGCUCGGAAUCGAUGAGGGAGUAGGAGUUCUAGGGAUAUCUGCCGGGGCAGGGCUUGCAGCGGCAACAACACUGCGCGACCUCGAUAUUCCAGAGGAUAGAUUUAUCAGAGGCGUAGUACUCAGUAUUCCAUGGCUAAUCCAUGUGGAUAAUUACCCAUUUGAGUUAUUCGCAGAACCUCGCUUUUCAUCGCAACAGCAGUGCCGUGACGCACCUGUGAUUCCCUGGGCUCGUUUGAAGAUGUUUAGCGACCUGCUUCAUGCAGACAAGAGUGAUCCGCAGCUAAAUGUAGCACUUGCACCAAACGAGUCACUGCGCAGCUUUCCUCGUACCGCAAUCUUAGUAGCAGGAAUGGAUCCGCUGAGGGACGAUGGACUUGUUCUUGCCACAAAGCUACAAGCCCUUGGUGUUCCUACCAGUGUUUCCGUAUUCCCGGGCCUCCCUCACGGCUUCAGGAGAUGGGCUAGCCUUCCAGCCACCAGGUCUUUCGAUUCCCGCAUGCUGGAAUGUAUUCGAUGGACGUUGGGGUUGGAUGAGUGCCCAAAAGAGGACUUCGAAGAUUGGUACGUGUAUGGUGACGAAUAA